UGCUGUUCUGUCUGCCUGUCUUCUCCACAGCGGCAGCUGAUUUGUUGCGCGCCGUUGGACAGUAAACAAAAGAAACUGCGAAAGGAGGAAGAGAAAUUAAAUUUAGUUGUCGUUCUUCUCUGUCCAGUUGAUGUUGUCGUCGUUGUCUUCUUCGUUUGCGGUGAAUAAACUUUUGUGUGUUUUGAAUAGAAAAUUUAAUUCAAGCCAUUUGUUUUUUUUUUUAUUUGAUAAUCGUUUCUGUUGUGGGAGUGACAUGUGAAUGCAGCUGAAUUUGGAAGAAACGCAAAUCAAGAGAUUAGAAAAACGAAUUGUGUUCCAAAAUCUAUUGAAUCUGAGAGAAAUAUGCUCUAGUUAUUUUUCGAAUACCUAACUACCUACUAUAUUCCUGUGUAUUAUUUAUUGUUUGUGCCGAAAUCUUUUAUUUACCAAAUUUUAGUGGAAUUUUUUUCUGUCGUUCUGAGAAAACUAAACUGAAGGACUGACGAUUUAAAAUUCAGAGUAGUCACACAACAGCUAAAUAAUCCAUGACAACAUAUCUACCUACCUGUAAACUAUAUUGAGAGCAAAUUUAAACACCUACCAACGCACAUUUCGAAUCCCAAAAUUCCAACCAAUUUGACAGAAAAUCAAAUAAUCCCGAAGAGCAUUUACGACGAAGAAAAUCCUUUAAAUCAUGACAACAAACUAUGUGAUAUUUGACUGUGAUGGUGGCAGUGAUGAUGCCUGGGCAUUAUUGUUGCUGCUAAAAGCGGAAGCCGAAAAACAGUUGAUCCUUCUUGGUAUCACAAUAUGUGGUAGUGGAAAUACUACGCUGCACAAUGCCGCCUACAAUAUGCUAAGGAUACUGAAGGCCUGUGGCCGAGAUGAGAUUCCAAUAUUUUUGGGCGCCACUGAUCCUCUGCUACCACCCUUCGAUAAAGAAGUUAGGCCAAUGUUCCAUGGCAAAGAUGGUUUUGGUGAUGUUUUGCCGCAGGAUGAGGAUAUUGAUGUUCACGAAAUGGUCGAGGGAGAGCAUGCGGUGGCGGCCAUACAUCAGUUUUGCAUAGAGAAUCCCAAACAGGUUACCGUCAUAGCGGUGGGACCCCUAACGAAUAUUGCCUUGUGUUACUCCAUGUAUGGCAGGGAUUUUUCGGAAAAUAUUAAAGAACUGUACAUUAUGGGUGGAAAUCAUCAAGGAGUUGGCAACUAUACCCGUGCUGCAGAAUUUAAUUUCUACUCCGAUCCCGAGGCAGCCCACAUUGUCUUGACCAAAAGCAAAUGUCCCAUAACAAUACUGCCAUGGGAGCCAUGCAUGGAUGAUAAAUUCUUUAUAUGUAUUAAAUGGCGUCUCGAACAUUUUGGCUGUUUGGCUGCGCGCGAAAACCCUGCCGUUGAAAUGCUAAAUGCCGUCGAAGCUUCUCAGUAUCUGAAACCCGGUUUCAAAGGUUGGAAUCCCUGCGAUGCCAUUCUGGUCGCUGCCUUUCUAUUCAAUAAACAAUUGGUACGCAAAGAAAGCCUAUGGCAUUGUAUUGUCGAUUUGAGCGGCCAUACCCGUGGACAAAUGGUUCUCGAUCAUUUACAGGAAGUCGAUAAGAAUCCGAAAAAUGUACGCAUUAUUGAAUUGGUGGAGGCGGAAUUCUUUAAAAGUGCCGUCGAAUGGGGUACCGGCUUGAAGGAAUUCAAGUUGAGCACCUUUACCGAUGUCGGCGGCAAGGAGAGUGAGGUGGAAGUGAAACAGGAAAAUGGUAAUUGUAAUUGAUCCAGAUGUCAAAUAAUUGAUUGUUUAUGCCAAGAUCAUAAGAAAGCGUGUAAUUAAUAUUAUUCUAAAUUGUAAAUAAUUUGGAUGUUUAUAUGUUUAAUAAGUGUCAAGCAUUUUAAGAUUUAUAUUAAUUAUAGUUUUAAGCGACAGACUAAGGCCAACCUUGUAGGCGACAAAUUCAUAGCCUUUGGAAUUUAAUGUUCUUUUUUUAAAAUAUUAAAAUGUUAAGCAUUUCCAUGGUAGAAUUAAUAAGGUAAAGUCAAGCAAUCUAAUGUUUACAAUUUUUUAAUUAUUCCUUUGACAACAACAUCUCAUUGUCAAAAAGUGUAUUUGUGAAUCCGUUAUUGGUCUGUUCCAGAAUUGCAAGAAUGUAAAAAUAUUUACAUCUAUAACCGAUUUUCCCUUUAUGAUAUCGGAAAAGUUUGCAAAAAUGGUAGAUUCCUGCAGGUUUUGGAACAUAUCAUUUAUAUACACAAGUCAGACAGGGGAACCUAUAUUCAAUGAAGUAAACCCGUUGACAUUUGAUAUGUUCCAGAACACUUAGAAUGUAAUUUUUUUACAACGAUAAACAAUUUUUCUUUUAUGAUAUCAAAAAAAGUGCAAAACUAGUGGAUUCUUGCAGGUUCUGGAACGGAGCAAUUAUAAAUUACAAUAAAUGCAGAGAUGGAUAUGUUUAUUUGAAAUGACUUUAACUUCUUAAUUUUACCAUCAGCAUUUCCGAAAUGAAUAUGGUUCAUAAUUAUGAAUUAUUGCAUAAAAUUAACUAUGACUAUGUAAAUGUUUUCCUCUAACGAUAAAAUAAACAUGACGAAUCAUGACAAAAUAUGUUAUGGGAUAACUUCAA